AAUGAAGUCAAACUGUCCAGCAUCAAUACCCCCAUCUAGCUGCUCCCUCCUUUUUAAGUUGCUGCAGCCUCAGCUGAUAGAAUAGGAAGUUAGUCAUCACCCAUAUUUAGUAGAGCAAAACUUGUUAAUUUCUGCUCUAUCUGUCUUCUACUUAACAAGAUGCAGCAGCAGCAGCACCAUGAUGGAGGGUACGAGAAGAUCAAGUACAUCACGCACCUACUAGCCGCCUCGUUUGUUGGAGGUGCAGCUGCGGUGGUCACCACCACUUAUCACCGGAAAAAGGAGGCGAAGACGGCCUUGACAGCUCCAAAGGAAAUCUUUCCACGUCUCGAAAGGACAGGCUCCGGCCGCGUUGGAAACAUCGAGAGAUUCUCCCACUAUGUUGCUAGGCAGCUAGGAUUUUCGGACGCAAAUGAGUGCCCCAAGAUGUGCAAGUUAGCAUAUGAGUACUUGCAAAACUCCAAAGGAUGUAAAGAUAGCAUCUACGAAUAUUUCACCUCCGAAGCAGAUGCAGACUCUGUCUACAUCGAGUUUACUGAAGAAUUGGAUCGAUGCAUCCUUGGUUAUUUUGCAUUUCAUUGGAGUCAAACUUCUCAUAUGAUUAGCCAGGUUUUUGAGGUGGAAUCUGAGAAGAGAACGAAACUCAAAGACUAUGUAUUAGCAGCUACCAGGAAACAGAGAUUUGAGAGGAUAAGCAGGGACCUAAAGGUGACAAGGGUGUUCUCUACUUUGCUAGAGGAAAUGAAAGUCAUUGGCAACACAUCAAAAGGAGAGUCAAAAUGCACAGAAGUAAUGAAACCUAUGGCACAUAGUGAGAGGAGCCCUGUGCUUCUCCUCAUGGGUGGUGGAAUGGGAGCUGGCAAAAGCACUGUCCUCAAAGACAUUCUCAAAGAGGCAUUCUGGGCAGGAGCCGAGAAAAAUGCGGUGGUUGUAGAGGCAGACGCUUUCAAGGAGACGGAUGUUCUUUUCAGAGCUCUAAGCCUGAAAGGUCAUCACCAUGACAUGCUCCAAUCUGCUGAACUGGUGCACAAAUCUUCCACCGAUGCUGCAUCGUCUCUCCUAGUGACUGCACUCAACGAAGGACGCGAUGUGAUCAUGGAUGGCACUCUAUCAUGGGCACCCUUUGUCGAGCAGACAAUAGCAAUGGCUCGAAAUGUUCACAACUGCCGUUACCGGAUGGGAGUUGGGUACAAGGUGGCUGAUGAUGGCACUAUCACUGAAAAUUAUUGGGAACGAGUAAAUGAAGAAGAAGAGGAUGAGCAUCUGAAAUUAGAAAAAGCACGAAAACCGCAGAGAAAACCGUACAGAAUAGAGUUGGUUGGAGUGGUUUGUGAUGCUUAUUUAGCUGUCAUUAGAGGCAUCAGGAGAGCUAUAAUGGUUCGUAGGGCAGUGAGGGUUAAUUCACAGAUACAAUCCCACCAGAGAUUUGCGAGUGCAUUUACUGGAUAUUGCCAGCUUGUCGAUAAUGCCAGGCUCUUCUGCACAAAUGCUAUGGCAGUCCCUCCUAAGCUGAUAGGAUGGAAAAAUGGAGAUAACAACCUGCUAGUGGAUCCAGAAGAAAUCAAAUGCUUGACAAACUUGAGCAAUUUGAACUCUAAAGCCGAUUCGAUCUACGAGCUUGACACGCACAACCCAGGCCUUAUACUGGAACCUGGUUCUGUUUGGAAAGAAGCUGUUUUGUCCCCCGCAAGGCCAGCCAUUCAGCUCAAGCUAAAGGCUUGCAUUCAAAGAAUUGAAGUUUCAAGUAGUACUACUGCUAAUGAAUUAAGUUAACAGUACUCCACUUAAUCCAUUUGGUCCCUAUUUCUACCUUUGUGCGUUCACUAUUAGAGAUAGAUAUGUGCAAAGAGAAAUGAUAUCAUGCAUAGACACGGGGAUUGUGGUGACAGAAACUUCUAAAGAAAAGAGAGAAAAAAUAAAUGAUUAGUUUCAGUUUACCCCUUGAAGUUUGGGGUUAACAUCAUUUUACUAACCAUAUUUUUAAAUUUAAAAAUUUACCCCCUAAAGUCUUCAAUUUUCAG